AUGAAAUCAUCGCAAACUGAUAGUCUGCAUAUUAGUUCUGCAGUAACAACCACUUUACUUCAGACUUGCCUUGUUAAUGUUAGUGAUUUGAGUGACAAGCCUAAAGAGAAAACUUGUAGAUUAUUACUUGAUUCUGGUAGCCAACGUUCAUAUAUAACAUCAUCAAUUGCAAAUCAUUUAAACCUGCCCACUAUAGAAAAUGUAGAUUUGUCUAUUUUUACAUUUGGUACGAAAUCUCCACAAUAUAUAAAAGGUCGUGUAGUUAAUUUUAUAAUUAAGACGCGAAUCGGUGUAAAGCGAUCUAUAUACGCGAAUGUAGUACCUCAUAUUACUAAUUCCGUACAAGCGCCAGUAUUUAAUAAUUCAGCGAAAUUAUUACAAAACAGUAGAUUAAACAAACUCAUUUUAGCAGAUGAUGGUUCUUAUGGAGAUAAAAUAGACAUUUUAAUAGGUAAUGAUUAUUAUCAUACAUUUAUAUCGAAUGAAAAGUUAUGUAUUUCUGAUAAUCUUUUCUUAGUAAGUUCAGAUUUUGGGUGGGUAUGGUCAGGUAGAGUAAACGAAACAAAUACGGUAGAUCAAUUAUCAGUUUUAACCUAUUUUCAAUCAACAGGAAUUUAUGAUAGUAAAUUACAUAAACCGGAUCUUCCAUUAAAGACAGACGAUGUUAAAAGGUUAUGGGAUCUAGAAUCGAUAGGAAUAGUAGAUUCUCCAAAAUGUUCUCGUGAUGAGGAAGCGAUUAAACAAUUUAAUAAAACUAUUCAGUACAAAGGCAAUAGAUAUUACGUUAAAUGGCCUUGGGCCGAAUAUCCUCCUAAUUUACCUAAUAAUCUAGGCUUAGCUUAUGGUCGUCUAAGUAAUUUAUUGAAACGUUUAGAUGAUUUAACUAUAAAGUCAUAUGAUAAAGUCAUUCAAGAACAAUUACAGAAUGGUGUAAUAGAGAUAGUCAAAAACGCUUCCUUUUCACUGAGUCAUCCUGUGCACUAUCUACCACAUCAUUGUGUGUUUUUAAUCGAGAUAAACCCAAUAAGCUUCGUAUUGUAUAUGAUGCGUCAGCCAAAACAA